ACAAUAAUACGGAAGUAGUAGGCUCAACACAGCACGAGCCGUUGAUAUUUUUUCUUAAAUACAUUGGACCUUCAUCAUUAUUUAUAUUCUGAAUGUAUUAACAUGAGCACUGAAGAUAAAACCACUAAAAAGACCCUUUAAUGCAUCGUCUCAGUCCGCUGUAGUUAAAUGUGUUAUUGUUUGCAGCAUUCUUGUUUUGUCUCUGUGGUUUGUUAAAGGUGCUCUGUGGACAGGUACUCAGUCUCUAUAGACAGGUACUCAGUCUCUAUGGACAGGUACUCAGUCCAAAAAGUCAUCGGGGAAGGUUCGUUCGGUCGGGCUUUGUUAGUCCGCUGUGAAAGCAGUCAGGAUAAAUAUGUGGUCAAAGAAAUCCCGCUGCCAAAGAAUCGGUCCAAAUUGGAAAAUUCAAGGAGAGAAGCCGUGCUGCUGUCCAGAAUGAAACAUCCAAAUAUCGUGGCUUUCAGAGAAGCACUGGAAGCUGAUGACCUCCUGUGGAUCGUUAUGGAGUACUGCAGUGGUGGAGACCUGCUCCAGAAGAUCCAGAGACAGAAAGCGACACAGUUCUGUGUUGAUGAUAUCCUGAGGUGGUUUGCUCAGAUGUGUUCUGCUGCACAGCAUAUCCAUAACAAACGGGUUUUGCACAGAGAUCUGAAGUCAAAGAACAUUUUCCUGACAGAUAAUGAGACAAUCAAGCUCGGGGACUUUGGCUCGGCGUGUAUUCUGAACAGCUCAAAGGCCUACGCUCAAACAUAUGUUGGGACACCGUAUUAUGUGGCUCCAGAAAUCUGGGACAACAAGCCAUACAACAACAAGAGUGAUGUCUGGUCUCUGGGCUGCGUCCUCUACGAGCUCUGCACCCUGCGACACCCGUUCCAGGCCUCCAGCUGGAAGAGUCUAAUUCUGAAGGUGUGUCGGGGUGCGUACCCUCCCCUCCCCAAGCACCUGCCCUAUGAGCUGCAGUAUUUGAUCAAACAGAUGUUCAAGACCAACCCAAAAGACCGGCCCUCCCUACACACCAUCCUCACCUCCCAUCGUGUUUCCAGACUGCUGCGCACACAUCUGCCCUCUCAGGCGAUAGAGACGGAGCGACAGGGGGGGCGUACGGGUCGAUGGGACAGGGAAGAGGGACAGAAGGUGGCUGAUCUUCUGGGAAAGAAAAGUUUAAUAAAAACUUCAACAUUUGAAGGUGUGGAGUCACCUGGAGCUCACUGUGAAAGCAGAGAGCCGGGUCUUCGAAAGCAGUGGCCGGCUGAGCCUUCAGACACGGUGCUGAACAUGUUGGCCAAUGCCAGCCUCAUCUCGUCUGACAGCCUGGCAUCAACCACUCAGUCCAGCACAGGUUCACCAUUUUCACUUCCUAAUUUUUUGCAAAAAAAAAAACAACAACACACAGUUUCUGAAAGUGUCAGUUAUAUCGCUGUUCUUCCAGGAGCGUCGGAGGAGCCGGAGGAGAGCCGGCAGAGGAGACGAUGGCAGACAGAUCCUCCUGAGAGACUCUUGAGUCUGUUGGAGAAAGCUCAGCUGAACAGAGCCUUCAGCACAUUUUUGAUAAACAAAGGAGUUGAGGACCCUCUGGUGGGACCUCUCUCUCAGCCGCAGGGCGAUGACACCGAUGGUCUGGAGCCGGAGGUGGCAGUGGAUGAGGACCGAUUGCUUCCUCGAUCUGAUGAUGAGGACACAGACUUUGAGGACGACUCUCCAUGUGACUGGAUUGACGAAGUCGAGAAAAUGGUUUCAGAACACUAAAGACGCAUUUCUUCUGAGCGUACACAACCACAGGGUCGCUACUGUUUAUGUAACUGUAACUAAAUGAAGCUGAUUUCACUUGACAAAUACAUUUCACUGAUCUUCACAAGUAUCUCUCUGAUAAAUGAGGACAAUUUUUACUGUAGGUUUUAUACAACUUUACAAUUGGAGGACUCCAGCCUCCAUUUAUGGUGCACGCACACUAACCACUAGGCUACUGGUGCCCCCAGUUUGUUUUUUUAUAUAUCAAAGGUUGUAUGGUCUGCACUGAUAUUUAUGAAGUUGUUGCUUUGCUUCAAUAAAACACUAACAUUGGAAA